CCCCCAUGAGGCCAGUGGGCGUGCUCUGAACGGCUCCCCCGCUGACCAAUGAGGAGCCCGGCUGUCGGCGGGAGGCGGAGCUUCUGGUCCCGUUCAGAGAAAGUGCCACGACUCUGCAGCCUGACAGACUGAGCUGAGACUUCCUGUGCGACACUCUGAUCAGCCAUGGACGUCUCCGACCCGCAGACACUCGGCUUCAUGGUCUUCGGAGGCUUCAUGAUCCUUUCGGCGGUGGGCAUCGCUCUCGUCUCCACGCUGUCCAUGAAGGAGACGUCGUAUGAAGAGGCGCUGGCCAAACAACGCCACCAGCUCAUCCAAACACAGACCCAGAAGACAGAGAAGAAGAAGAAGGACAAGACCCUGGAGAAGAAGAACAAAGCCAAAAGGAAGGAGGACCGGCCCGAUGGGAAGCUCCCAGAACCAGGUAGUGACAGUGGUGAGGAGCCUGAGGUGGUGACCUGCACGGAACCAGAAUGUGAUCCAGAACCUGCUGCUCAGCCUGAUGCUGUCCAUGAACCCAAACCAACACCAGAACCAGAACCCACUGUGGUUAUUGCCACCACUAUCAGGUCUGCUCCAUCCCCCUCAACAAAAGAGAAGAAGAAGACAAAGUCAGCCAAGAUGGAGCCAGCUGCUGUGGUGGAAACCGUUGCUAAGGAAGUUAUGGUCAUGGCCAUGAUGCCGGUGGUUGAUGUUUCUCCAGUGAACGUUGUCCCUAAAGAACCGUCUGCUGACAAAACUGAAGAAACCAAAGAGACCUUGAGCAAGAAGAAGAAGUCCAAGAACAAACCUGAUCAAGUGGCCGACUCCUCCCUUGUGCUACCAUACGGCGAGCUGCUGUCCGCCGUGUCCAACAGGACGCUCAGCGUUGGCGAGAUACACAAACUCAUGGAGGUCCUAAACCAGAAGGCCGGUGUCCACCAAGACUCCUGGCAACUGGCCUCUCAGAGAGGAGAUCCACUCUCUGCUCUGAAGAAGAAGCUGGAGGAGAAAGACAAGCUGCUGACCGCCGAGCAGGAGGAUGCUGCCGCAGCCAAGAGCCGCGUCAGAGAGCUCAGCAAGGAACUUGGUGCAGAGAAAUCCAAGAUCGUGUCUUUGGAAGCUCGUUUGAAGGCAGAGCAGAGCACUCGGGUUCAGGAGGUCAACGCCCUGCAGACCAGAAUGCAGACUGCUGACCAAGACCACCUGAAACAUGUCCAGCAGCUGAACCAGAAGAUCAGGAGUCUGCAGGAGCAGCUGGAGAAUGGACCCAAUGCUCAGCUGGCCCGACUGCAGCAGGAGAACUCCAUCCUGCGAGAUGCCCUGAACCAGGCGACCAGCCAGGCUGAGAGCAGGCAGAAUGCAGAGCUGGCCCGUCUCCGGCAGGACAGUGUCCGUCUGGGUCGGGAGUUGACCGAGCGUACUGACGCUUUGCGGUCCGACGAGGAGCGCAGGAAGAGCCUGGAGGCCAAGAUGGCUGCUGCCGAGCAAAAACUGGCUCAAGCCCAGCUGGUCCAUGCAGACACUGAGCGAGCUCUGCAGCAGCGACUGGAGGAAGUGUGUUCGGAGCUGAAAGCAUCGCGCCAGGAAGCCGCCGCUCUCAGCGAGCUGAGGGGGGCGCUGGCAUCCAGAGAGGCCGAGCUGCAGGUUCUCAAGUCCCAACUGGAGAACCAGGCUGCAGUCCAGGUGGACAGCCCACCUGAAGCGGAGCAGCUGAAGGACUGUGUGCGAGACGACCAGGUCGUCGCUCUGGAGGCGGAGCUCACUCAGCUGAGGGAGGAGCUACAGUUGCUGACAUCAUCACAGUCACAGAGAGUGAAGGAAGAUGAAGUGGAAGCAGAACCUGCUGGUCAGACACAGAAAGAAGGAUCAGGAAGUGAGACAGAGUCUGAACAGCCGUUUGAAAGUCUGGAGGAAGACUCUCAGCUGCUGCGUCUGGAGGAAGAACUGCAACAGGCUCGUUACCACGGCAACGAGCUGCAGGAGAAAAUGGCGGCUUCAGCGGCGGCGUUUUUGACUGCAGAGCGUCUGAGUGAGCAGAGAGAGGCGGAGCUUCAAGCAGCGCUGGCUGAUGCACAGGACAGGAUCGCUGCCCAGCGUUUGGACUUCCAGGCGUCACUGCAGGUUCUGUUUCCUGGCAUCGCGGUGGAGGCGGAGCAGAUUAACUGGCUGGAACUUGUGACUGGAGCCGCUCAGGAGAGCAGAGGUGCAGCAGAGAGGUCUCACUCUGAGCUGCAGUCGAGGCUGAACGAAGCCGAGAAGAAACGAAGCGAGCUGCAGGCAGAGUUUGACCAGAACACGAAGCUGCUGCAGGAAACGGAGGCGGAGCUUCAGGCUCUGCGGCGGCGCUCCGAAGUCGACGUCUGGAAGAAGAAACUGAGCGAAGCUGAAGAGCAGAAACAGACGGUCUUGGACCAGCUGAAGCUGUUGGAGGAAGAAGUUCAGUCUAAGAGGACGGAGGACACUCAGCAGCUGAAGGAGCAGCUGAUGCUGGUGGAGGCUCAGCUGGAGAAACAGCUGGAGGAGGCCAGCUUCACUCAGAGCUGCAGCGAGGAGCUCGCUCAGGUGCAGGCUCAGGUGCAGCAGAUGUCCGUCAGGCUGCAGUCAGAGCAGCAGCAGCGGGAGCAGCUGGACAGACAGCUGCAGCAGGCUCAGCAGGAGGUGUUGGAGCUGCGGCAGAAGAUGGAGGCUGAUCUCAGAUCUGCUGCUCCGCUCAAGGAGGUGACAGUCGAGGUGAAGGAGGAGACGUCGGUGUGAAACAGCACACACUUCGCCUCCUCCCGUUGCCAUGGUUACACCGAGUGAAGCUGAAUGUGUUACUGAUGCUGUGAUUCUCCUCCAUCGUGUUUCUGCUGCAGCUCACAAGAAUAAACCGAGAAGUCUGACUGAUGUUCUCCGUCCGUGUUUCAAACGCAGCAGGAAACUGAUCUUCCACCAUGAUUUUACUCGUUAUUAUUCUACCCCGAAGAAAAACUGCUCCAAAUCAUUUACAGUUCAAAUGUCUUCAGUGGUUUGUACAAGAUUUAACAAAUUUACAAUGAAUUCAAUUACCACAAACAAAAAGUGACCUGAAGUGAACCUGGAGCCUGCAGAGCUCUUGGGGGUCUGGAGGUCUUGGGGGUCUGGAGGUCUUGGGGGUCUGGGCCCCGGGUCAACUGUUCGCUUGGACUUCAUGUGCAUCCACAAACUCGACAAGUCGACAGAUGAAAGCCAAUUUUAUUGAUCAAGUAACAUAAAUAGGACAAAUGUUUCACUGUACAUACAACCUGGAAACCAAAGUAAAAAUAAAUAGUGUCACAGCAAUAAAUUAA